CCGACGCAGCAAUGUCCAUCCGGCCACAACCACUCCUCCUCUCUGUCUCUCCACCUCAAGAAAUUGAAGGCGACGAGGGGAAUCUGUAGAGUAAUACCGUCAAAAAUAUCAAUGGGUUCCAAUUUAAACAGGUUGUAAAUUGGGGUUGAUCGGAUUUGGUGCAUGAUGGGUCUCUCUCCGUUGACGGUGAUGUUGGUAAUUGACAUCGUCUCCCUCCAUUGCCGGCAUCAUAUGCUUUAAACGAACCCAUAAAUUGCAAGCGAGAAUUGGUCUUGUAUUUGGCGAAGAACAAUGACGUUGGGGUUGAUUUGAAUCAUGACGUGAGAAGAUGAUGAUUAAAGGAACGGAGUUACAGACACAUAUGGUGUAUUUUAUUUUUAUUUUUUCGUGAAGUUAUUUUUACAGGAAAUGGGUUUUAAAACCCUAGGCUUCAACAGUCGUUGCCACAUCUUCGGUGUCGGAUUGGAGGUCGGUGUAUCUCGUCAACAAAAGCAAAUCUCUGUUAAAUGAUUUUCCACCUCUUCGAAGUUCUUGUCGUCGCCGGAGUUGGAGGCCAAAGAGAGAAAAAAAAAAAAAAAUAGAGGGAGGUGGAUUGGAGAAAGAGCGGGGUGGUGGCGACCGUGGGCGGUGGAGGUAGUUGUGAGGGAGAGAGAGCGGCGGCCAUGGACGGACGGUGGAUGCGGCGGCCAUGGACGGAUAGUGAAGGUCGUUGGGGAGAGAGGAGGGAUGUAUAUAUAUAUAUAUUCGUAUAAGUCAUAAGGCUAUUUUUGUCUUUCUAAAUUUUUACCAAGUCACGUGUGUCACCUGCCUUCUUUGACGUUUCUCACGUACUCAAGUCUCGCAGACCCUUCUCUCUCCCCGACAGAACCGCUUGCUUGAUACAACCAACAGAUCGGCGACACCACCGGCGACCACCAGAUCGGCGACGACUUCGACUUGGGAUGGAUUUUGUACAUGAAGAUGUCGAAUCUUUAUUGUUACAAACAAAGCAUCAAGAGAAGCAGCUUAAACUUAAAAGAAGGUGGUUGAUGGGAUUACCUAUAUCUAAUUCUGAGCAAAAGGUAUUUAAAGGAUCCAAGUUCCCGAAAGAUAGGACUGUACCAGAAUCAUUGCUUAGGGAAGACGAUGUAUAUUAUGAGACCAUCAAAACUUUUGUUGAAAAAGGAUUUGAAGCCUCCGCUGUUAAAAGAGAUCACCAUGUGGCUCAAGAAAGAAUGCAACACUUUAAUUUGUCCGGUGAUGAAAGAAACCUUUUCUCCCUGCUUGAUCAUAUGACCAAUAAGGGGCUUUACGUUUUUGCCAAGAUGCUGACAGGUGGCUCAACUUAUUUUGAGAAAACCCCGGUGAAAAUGAAAAAGAUUAUCAGAGAAUGUCUUCCAAAAAUACUAGGAAACCGAAAGAAUAACCACCAAGUGAUCAUGUCUAAAAAGAUAUCCGAACUUCUGAAAGACCCACACAACUUCCAUAGGACUUCCAUGACGCUUUUGACUCCUGCAUCCCAAUCCUAUCAUGCUGCUGCUGCUAAGGUACUGGAUGGACUUGAGGACUUCCCAUUCCAGACCUUGAGCGCAAUGUACAGGAAGCUCAGAUGUAUCCAAGGAUACAUGCCCCAGUUACAUCCUCCAAAAUCGGGAUGGGGACGAAGCUCUUUAAUUAAAGCAGUGAGGAAAAGAUCCAUGAAGAUGCUAUCAGAACUCGGUGAAGAGGAUGCGCUGCAGGAACCAUUAGUCAAAGCAAUGGCAGUUGCAGGCUUAUCGCUAAAGUUAAUUUUAGGAUGCAACUCUGUAAUAGAAUUUCAACAAUUUUCACAGGAAAUAGAAGCCUUACAGAAAGAGAUAGCAAAGGCUAUUUGGCUUCUCAAAGAGAAGGUGAGUUUUCGGGAGCUGAAGAAUUUGCAGCUUUUGCUGGAUCCAAAUACUGAAUUAUCACAUAGGAGUUUACGUACAGCAGUGAGGAACCUCCUAACUGAAUAUCUUUUAGAGUGCAGUGAUAUGGACACUAUCCCAGGGUGCUUGUUAGAAACUCUUUCUAUCAUCAAUAGAAGCACUCGAAGUGCCCCUCGUAGAUUUUUGUCAAAGAAGGAUAUAGAAGAAGAGGUAGAAUGUGUAUUGAGUGUGAGUGCUCAGACAAAGCAGAUUGUGUGGGACUUGCUUCCUGAACAUGAGUUUGACCAAGAUUAUAUAGAUGCUUAUAUGGAGGAUUUAGAAGAAAGCGAUGAUGAUUAUGAUGAUAAUGAUGACCAGCAACAAGCAGAUAUCCUGCAAAAUAACAGGCUUUCUUAUCCCAAUGACGAGAUAGAGAGCACUGGGGAGACUGACCCACUUAAUUCCAACUUACCUGCCUCAUCAGCUAGAGGAAAUGGCUCUCUGCCAGUUCUUACACCUAGUGGAAGGCUGAACAAUGAUUCAAUGGAUUCUCCUUCUUUAGCUUCUUCCACUUCAGGUUGGGAAUCAAAGGUUUUUGACAGCCCACAGAAUAUGAAUGGAAGCCUGUACCACUUGGGAAGCACAAGGAGUUCGGGACUUACUGAACAUUUAAUUGAUCCAGCGAAAGACUCCAAAUCCGUUUCUUCCAACUUUGCGUGCAGGGAUAAUCACAAGACGAGUAGAAAUCAAUACCUUGCCAUCCAAGAAGCCUGUGAUGAGACGAGUAUUGUCGCAUAUCAUCUCAUCGGUCGUAUACAGAAUGAGAUAGCACAUAUAGAAGGCUUCGAUUUAGACUGGGAUGACAUAUCGUAUCUCAGAGGCAAUGAUUCAAUUCCUAAAGAUUCUCGAGUCACAAAAAGAGUGCAGAUUUCCUCCGAGGAAGAUAUGCGUGGCUCAGUCAUUAUUCGAGUACUUGAAGAGCUAAUCCCUUUAUUUCCUAAAAGUGGAAAAGAGUGUGUGAAGAAGUUGAUGGGUUCAAACUAGCUUUAGCCUGUUUUGAGGGUUUUGUUGGAUAACAGCCAAAUGUCAUGGAAGAAUACUUUCGACUGCCUUUGUGUCUUUUUUCAAGGUAUUUUUCCUUUUCCCUCUGGGUUUUACUGGGGUAUGAGAUGUUGAGCAAAGAGUGUAGCUGCACAAGCACAGGAGAAGACAUUUUCCGACUUGUGGUAGAUAAGAUAUUGAAGGUGAUACAUUAUGGGGUGAGCGGCAUAGAAGUGUAGCAAUGGAAAAGAAUUCAAAUUAAAGUAUCCCGGUAGAGAUUCUGUCCAGCCAGCAGAAUACAUUUUCUUCAGCAGAAGUGUUGAAGAGGAAGCAAGUUAGUGAAUUUAUUUAUUUGUGUAUAUAUUUUGAGAAAAGAAAAAUAUGCUUUGAGUAUUGUAGUUGUGCAGUCCCAUCUUACCAGUAUAUUACCUUCUCUUUUUUUUUUUUUUUUUUUUAAAUUUGCAGUUGAUACCCAUUGUGGAA